GUGUCGCUGUAACACCAGCAUUACCAGCCUAGACGCCGCGACGCCAGCCGCGCCGAUCCAAAGCGAGGCAGGCACAUCAUUGUUAGCAUGGUGGUAGGGCCCGAAGACAUCGAUGCCUCGCGGCCGUACGCAUGCGAAGUCCGCGUUGAUGAUGUGCGCGUCCUCCAGAAAGCCGAGUACGAAGUCACGGUCAAAUGCACCUACUUUUCGGAGAGCAGGCGUUCCAAAUGCACAGCGACGUGGAGUGUGUGGCGGUCGUUCUCGGCAUUUCGCCUGUUGGACUCGCAACUACGAAAGCGAAGUCCCAAGCACAUGAAGGGAAUCAAGUUCCCGCCGCUCCAUCGACAGCGAACGCUGUUUCGCACGCACCUCGAAGCAGCCUUCCUUGAAGCUCGCCGCGCCGAACUCGACACAUACAUGGGCAUGGUCACUGCCGCCCCGUCUUUAGUCUCGUUUCACAUCACGUCCAUUGAAGCGCAGUCCCUCAAGGCGUUCGUGGCGUAUUCGACCGGGUUUGGUCAAUCGAUCACGCAAAUCCCGACGUCGGCAGAUGCUGCUUCCGCCGGUCGCCACAGCACAUUCGCUGAAAGGCCACGGCCACAAAUGACGUCGCAAAGUUUGACAACCAACUACCGCUGGUCGGGCACGGGCUUCCUUGGUGGGCAGCACUUGAGUGGAAGCAGCCUCGCGAUGCGCAACAGCAGCUUCAACAACGGCGGAUUCGUCCCAGUCGCCCCACAACAGUUCAACCAAAACUUUAACGACCGGCAACGAUACAGUAGCACGAUGUCGGGCAAUAGCUUCGGUGGCGCGAACAGUCGCUUCAGCAACACGAGUCAUUCGAUGACCUUGUCGCGGCAGUCGGUGCCGCUGCAGCCGCCACCUGCCGUCCCAGAAGACGCAGAACUCUCCACAAACACAUUGAUGGCUGUGACUGUGCCAGAGGCAGUCGACCCCGACGUUGACAAAGAACGGGGGAAAAUGGAGCUGGAGCUGCGAUCAGCUGGACUACAAGGCGUCGGGAUGCCUCCGGACGGGUCAUGUUUUCUCCACUGCCUCGUGUAUGAUUUGUUCCCGUUGAAAUGGGACUUUUUUGCCACGUACCCAGCGGCCAUGGCGAUGGUAAACGUGGGGUCUGCCGAUGGAGUCGCGCCGCGGCGGAUGCAAGCCGCGGCACAGCUGCGAAAAGACCUGGCUGCGUUUGCCAUUCAAAACGUUGCUGUGCUCAGUGCAUUUUUGAUGACGCCGGUGGACGAACUCACAACGCGAUACGACACAUUUGGACGUGUACCGGAUGAACAAGCCACGGUCGCCGAGCUGUACGCGGCCGCGACGAUGCUGGACCUCGAAAUUGUGCUCGUGACCAACGAUCCAGCAUUCCACAUCGAUCCAGUGGUGCCCGUGGAUGGCAUUCAAAGCCUCCGGGGCCACCUGAGCUCCCGUCGCACGGUUGUGUUGGGGUAUAUGCCCCCGACGCCCAAGACGGGUGGGCACUACUUGUGCACGCGAGAAAUCUCGUACUCCAGCUCGUUUGCGUCGGGGUACUUUGCAGGGAAGAUGUCGAGCAUCUCAUCGAGAAGCAGCUUGCGCAAUAGCAGUGUCGUCGCCGGUUUGGUUGCGUGAUAGAACAACGAUUGUAAUUCAGACAAAGCGGCGCGGUCGUGCUUUUGUCGUGGAUUCAAAAAGUGCUACUUGCCCAGGCUCCUGGGAAGCCC